UGAAAAUAUGCCCCACGGAUGGACCAAGGUUUACGGCGAUUGAAACAUGAUUUCACCUGGGGCUGAAGAUGUUCUAGCUGGAAUGCUUAUAAUGUAUACACUCAGCCGCAACGUCGUCCAAACUAGGCUUUUAAAUCAGAAAAUUUGCAGCUUGAAUGGCAUUAUGGACGGAAAUGGUCAUUACUUAACGGUGUGCCCAAAGACUGCCUUGGAGGCUGCAAACCAGCUUGCAGCAAAAAAAAAAAAAAAAAAAAAAAACGAUGGUCCAAUCCCUUGUCAAUCGCCCACUCCCUGGUCGGGUCUCGUUGGUUGAGAUUGGUGCGUGCAUGUGAUUGAUGCCAGAGCCGCACUGCUGCAUCCCACCUAAACCCAGCCGUUGACUUGUUCGAGCAGAUUGUUUAUUGUUCUGUCAAUCGAAUCAAUUCCGUUUCCAAUCGAUUGAUCUCGAGACUCAUUUGACUGGGAUUACUUCUCCAAAUCUGCCGAUACAGCGAACGGCAAAAAUUAAAACCCCAUAUUCUAGGAACAGCUGAGCUAGAACACCUGAGCCGGAACAGCUGACUGUUGGCGACCCAAUCACCUUCCCGGUAGGUUGGGUGUGGUUGCACGUUGAAUGUUGUACCACGGCCAAACCCACCAAGCCCAUCCCAGCCUUUAAACCUACGCGUGCGGCAAAAAAGAUCGGAUCCAUUGAUCAGUCCAACGUUAAAGCGCAUCAUCCCUACCCGUCUGUGCCUUAUCUAGCCUUAGCACGAGCACGAGCCUGAACUUGAACCCGACCUCUGACCCCUCCACCCACCCACCCCCACACUGGCUUGACGCGGCGAACCCGGCGGCCCCCCUCGACCCGAUACAAAGCGAGUAAUUAUUUGUUUCCCGUCGCUGCCUUUCACACUGUCAACACCCAUGGCCCACUGCCAGGACCGAGGCAGCAAUUCGCGGCGUGGAAGUUUGGCCCACGGAACCUUUGAGGACGAGGAGCUGUCGUUAUCCUUGACUGCCAUCGACCCUCGGAACACGGCCGCGACCACGACAAGGACGACCCCGACCCAGCAUCGACGCGACGACAGCAACGGCCGGCCUCGACCCAAGCAUAGUCACAGCCACAGCCGCCGCCAUUCGCAACACGCACAACAUCAAAAUCAGCACCAGAAUCAGGAUCAGAAUCAGCAAUCCCCUCCAUCCGCCAUGCCACCCACUGUCCACCGCGGCGGCGGCGGCGGCGGCCCCAAUGCCAUGCCUGCGGAUGGAAGCACCAGUAGCAAGAUACGAGUCGACCAGCGCAUCAGCGCCUACGAGAUCAGCAAAACCCUAGGUGAAGGUUCGUUCGGCAAGGUCAAGUUGGCCGUACACAAGGGAACAAAGCAAAUGGUCGCGCUCAAGAUCAUCUCGCGCAAACGCCUCGCUAGUACCGACAUGGCCGGUCGCGUCGAGAGAGAAAUUGAGUACCUGCAGCUUCUCCGCCACCCCCACAUCAUCAAACUCUACACCGUUAUCAAGACCGACAACGAGAUCAUAAUGGUCCUCGAAUAUGCCGGCGGGGAGCUCUUCGACCAUAUAGUCACCAACGGCCGUCUGAGCGAGGAUGAAGCCCGGCGCUUUUUCCAGCAAAUGUUGUGCGCUGUCGAGUACUGUCACAGGCACAAGAUUGUCCACCGUGAUCUCAAGCCUGAAAACCUGCUGCUGGAUGAUAAUCUCAACGUCAAGAUUGCCGAUUUUGGUCUCAGUAAUAUCAUGACGGAUGGAAACUUUCUCAAGACGAGUUGCGGAAGCCCAAACUAUGCUGCGCCUGAAGUUAUUAGCGGAAAGCUGUACGCGGGAUCUGAGGUGGACGUCUGGAGCUGUGGUGUCAUCCUGUAUGUCCUGCUGGUUGGCAGGCUACCUUUCGACGAUGACCAUAUUCCCACGCUCUUCUCCAAGAUCGCCAGGGGAACAUACGUUGUGCCCCACUGGAUGAGUCCAGGUGCUGCCGCGUUGAUCAAGAAGAUGCUUGUGGUAAACCCCGUCAACCGUGCCACCAUCACCGAGAUACGGCAGGACCCCUGGUUCACAACCGAACUACCAGAGUACCUACAGCCGCCCAUAGAGCCAUUCUUCAAUACGGGCAUAGAUCCAGAGAAGGCGAUUCGGCCCAGCGACAUCGCGCCAAAUGCUCCUCCAAAGGUCCAGGAAAAGCUUCACGCCGAAGUCACUGACAAAAUUUCAAAGACCAUGGGUUACGGCAAGCAGGACGUUCUCGACGCUCUGGAAGCCGAAGAGCCUUCCGCUAUCAAGGAUGCGUACAUGAUUGUGCGCGAGAACAAGAUGAUGCAGAGUAAUCCGGCCCUUGGGGGAGACAACCCGUUCUUUGCUACUACGCCUCUGGGUGAUGAAAAUGGAUCCACCGGUAUCAUGGAGACCAUGGAUUCAGCCAUGUCAGCUUCUGGCCACGACCCUAAUGCAAGCCCCAUGACGAGCAUGUCCGUCAGAUCGGCCACGUCUAGCACUCUCAGCGCCGCCCUGGCAUAUCAACGGCCAUAUACGAGCAAGAUUGGUAUCCUCCCCAGCAGCUUACCAGCGUACCAUAACGCGUAUAUGGAGAGCGAGAAGUCGGGCACGGCUCAAGAUGUGCCUGAUAUGAUGGCACUGAAUGAGCCGCCAGCACCAGCUAGGACUCCAGCAGAACAGGAGGAGACUGCGAGGAGACUGCGGCCGCACGCGCGUAGUAGCCAGAGCGCCGCUGAUUCCAAACCCCAAAGUUUGACUCCCUCAAACGCCCCCAAGAAAACCAAACCCACCAGAUGGCAAUUUGGUAUUCGCUCACGAAACGCACCAUUCGAGGCUUUGUUGUGUAUCUACAAGGCUCUCAAGAAGCUUGACUGCUCCUGGAAAAUUGAUCGAGACUAUCACAAGGUGCAUGGCGAUGAGAACGAAAAACAUCGCUCAAGAGGCGACGCAGGAACACCUUAUAUAUUACCGGCAGAUCCAUGGCAUAUCGAAGCACGAUGGGAGACUGGUCCUCUCCGAACCCACUCGGUAAUGACGGAUCCAAAGAACUCAGCCGCGUUCCCAGGCGGCAAAGUGAGGGUUCAGAAAAAGCACAGCAACAACAGCUCGGAAGACGAUGACGAGGAAGCAAACGCCACCUACGAGGUGAUCGCCAUGCGACUUUCCAUACAGAUCUACGAAAUGGAGAGUGGCGUGUACCUGGUAGACUUCAAGUGCGCAGGCUACGAAUUGCCUGAUGGUAGGCUGAUGGAGGAAAAGGAUGUGACCAGUCCAUUCCCCUUCCUGGACCUGGCGGCCCGGCUCAUUAUACAGCUUGCCGAUGCUGACUAGGAGAGCAUCGUCUGCCGUUUUCGACGCCGUCGCCAGUUUUUCGCCGAUCUUAAAAGUCGUCCCAAGGUCUCGAGGAGAUGGUCCUAUUGACCAUAUCUGUGUCAUGCUGGCCUCCAAAUAUUUGGAAGUAUCAGGGAUGAACACCUCAUGACUAUGUCGACUCGGAAAAGAUCUGCCAUCAGUCCAGGGGGGAAAGUUUGAGAGUUGAGCUGGUUUUCUUUUUCAGAAAACCAUAAACACCCUCAACAAGUCAGCCGCCAACAUUUUUACUUCUAGCAUCAGUAUUUCCAUAUGUUUUAUCUUGCUGCAUCUUAGCGUUCAAGAGAGCCGGUGCCUUUGCAUUUACAGAAUACAUCGGGGACCUGCUCCUAUUUGCAUUUGUAUUUUGCGAGGCACCAGGUUUGUACAAUCUCACUUUGGUAGGCCAGCUCAGAACGGCAGGCUGUGGUUAUGAUUGGAAGAAAAAAUUUCAUUGGAGUCCAAACUCGAGGAACCCCAUGAUUUGAAUGGUUUUGAUGUAGGGGUAUUUGACACAGAACAUCGUCGGAGGGGCAUCCUCGAUAUGAUUGAUGACUGGACGGAUGGAAACGGUCAAAUGGCAGUCGGGGCAAUGUGAACCCAGGUCAAUGCGAUCGCAUCGACGCCUGCAGUAUACUUAUCACUUGAGCUUGCUUUUUCGCUGCGCUGUGGGUAGAUUUGCCAGGUAUUUUCAUGCCUGCAUAGAACGAAUAUGUCAUGUCAUUCUUUGUCCUAAGGUGUGACGAGGAAUGAAGACUUGUAUAAAAAAAACAAAUAAAAAAAACCCUUGAUCUUUUGG